AUGUUAAUGAUGUUCGAUCCAAUUUCAAGACUUUCAUUUAUUCUCACUCCCCUCUUGUGUACACUUCUUUUCUUUUUAGUAGCUACUGGUAUUCAAGCACAAGCCAAGAGUACUCUUGCCCCAGGUGAAGUGAAUGCUCUUCGUGAAAUAGCUAAAGAAUUGGGAAAAAAUAACUGGAAUUUUUCCCUGAACCCUUGUGGUGGAGAUCCCAGCUGGAACACAAAAGUGACAGACACAGGUUCUCAGUUUAAAAACAGUGUUCUGUGUGAUUGCUCGUAUCCUGGUGGUGUUUGCCACGUUGCUGAGAUAGUUCUCAAGGGGCAGGAUCUUGCAGGAGUUCUUCCUCCGUCUCUAGUAAAGUUACCUAAAAUCAAGAAGAUUGAUUUAUCGUUUAAUUAUCUAAAUGACACCAUACCUCCUCAAUGGGCGUCAACAAAUCUGGCCUUCUUAGCUGUUACGGCUAAUCGCCUGUCAGGAAGCAUUCCAACAUCUUUGGGGAAGAUAACCUCUCUUGUAACUGUGAUUCUGGAGAACAACAAGUUCUUCGGAACUGUUCCUGCUGAGCUUGGAAAUCUAACAAAUUUAUCAGUUCUGGUCUUGAGUGCGAAUAAUUUCACUGGUAAAUUGCCAGAGGAGCUUAAUCGUCUCACGAAUUUGACAGAACUCCGGAUAAGUAGCAACAACUUCAGUGGGAAAAUUCCAAACCUUGGAAACUGCACAAAACUUCAGAAAUUAGAGAUCCAAGGUAGUGGUCUAGAAGGACAAAUACCCGAAACUCUUUCCUUCUUGAGAAAAAUAACAGAACUACGAAUUUCUGAUUUAAGUGGAGAGGGCUCACAUUUUCCAAAUCUGAGUAGGAUGGCAAACAUGACUAAGUUGAUGUUGAGAAGCUGCAAUAUAAUUGGGACUAUUCCAGGUUAUAUAUCGCAAAUGUCCAAUUUGAGCCAUCUAGAUCUCAGUUUCAACAAUCUGAAUGGUGAUAUACCAGAUCUAAGUGAAAAGCAUGUUAAAAAAAUAUAUCUGACUGGUAACUCCCUGGAAGGCAGUCUUCCUAAAUGGAUCGCAGAUAAAGAUCUUGUAGAUCUUUCCUACAACAACUUUAGUAAAGACACUGUGCCACAAGAUUGCAGUGAAUCACUGAACUUAUUCAGAAGCUACUCAAGUGGGAAUAACUCUGACCUUGUGAAGUGCCAUAGCAGCCUUCAAUGCUUAGAAGACUACUAUUCAGUUUAUAUCAAUUGUGGUGGGCCAGGAGUUACCAUUGGAAACAAGACUUAUGAAGCAGAUGAAUAUCUAGGUGGACCUGCAAAUUUUUUUCCUUCAAGUGAUCGUUGGGGAUUUAGUAACACAGGAAGUAUAUGGUCUGGUGAUAAUAGUGAUUCACAUUACAUAGAAAAUAAUGCAUCUGUACUCACUAUGAAUGACUAUGAACUUUACACAAGAGCUCGCCACACUCUGCUUUCUCUCACUUACUAUGGUCGUUGCUUGGCAAAUGGAAAGUAUACUGUGACUCUACAUUUUGCAGAGAUAGUUUUCAGAGACAGCCAAUCUUACAAGAGCCUUGGAAGACGUGUUUUUGAUGUUUAUGUUCAGGGUGUAACCAAAUUGAAGAACUUUGAUAUAAAGAUUGCAGCAGGUGGGGUUGAUAAGGAAGUAAAUAUAACCUUAAAAGGCAUACUUGUUACUAAUAAAACAUUAGAAGUCCGGUUCCAAUAUGCUGGAAAGGGUACAACAGCUGUCCCAUUGAGAGGGGCUUAUGGUCCUCUUAUAUCUGCCAUUUCUAUGGUCGCAGAGUUCAAGCCUAUAAGUCAUGGGAAAAUAGCUCAUGGGAAAAUACCUCAAUGGAAAAAAUAUGCAUUUGUUGCCAUUGGAGUGGUGGCAGCAGCUUUGUGUCUAAGUUUCCUAAUUCUUGGCAUCGCAUGGAAGAGGGGUUAUAUAGGGGACCAAAAUUCAAGAGAAAAAGACCUAAGAGGAUUGGAUUUGCAGACUGGUGUAUUUACAUAUAGACAAAUCAAGGCUGCCACCGACAAUUUUGCUGAUUCAAAUAAACUUGGGGAGGGUGGUUUUGGAUCGGUUUACAUGGGUACCCUAUUAGAUGGAACUCCAAUUGCUGUGAAGAAACUCUCUUCGAAAUCAAAGCAAGGAAAUCGUGAAUUUGUGAAUGAAAUAGGCAUGAUAGCUGGUAUACAACACCCAAAUGUUGUAAGGCUAUAUGGCUGUUGUGUGGAAGGCAACCACCUACUACUUGUUUAUGAGUACAUGGAGAAUAAUUCUCUAGCACAUGCUCUAUUUGAGCACAAUAACUCUAAGUUAGAAAGUGAUUGGCCUACAAGACAAAGAAUUUGUGUUGGCAUUGCAAAAGGCUUGACAUUCUUGCAUGAGGAUUCGGUGCUCAAAAUGGUUCAUAGGGACAUCAAGGCUACAAAUGUACUCUUGGAUGCUGACCUUACACCAAAGAUCUCAGAUUUUGGUUUGGCCAAACUUGAUGAAGAAGAAAACACUCACAUUACCACUAGAGUUGCUGGAACUAUAGGGUACAUGGCACCCGAGUAUGCAUUACGGGGAUACUUAACCUACAAAGCAGAUGUAUACAGUUUUGGAGUUCUUGCACUAGAAAUUGUUGUAGGAAAGAGUAAUAUGAAAUAUCGGCCAACUGAGGAUUAUUAUUGUCUUCUUGAUUGGGCUGUUGUUCUGCAACAAAAGGGGAAAUUGAUAGACUUGGUGGAUCCAAGAUUGGGCUCUGAAUUCAACAAAAAGGAGGCAGUGCGGAUGAUCAAAAUUGCUCUAUUAUGCACUAAUAAGGCCCCGGCUCUUAGGCCUACCAUGUCUGAAGUGGUUAAUAUGCUUGAGGGUCGUACUAAAAUAAAAGAACCAAACAUGAAUAGAUUUCUAUUGAACCAACAGCUUUCAGCUCGCACGACCUGUAUCCUGAUAGUCAAAUUUCUGAAAAAUGUUGAUGUGUACUGGCGUAAGCAUCAGUAUACUAUAUGA